CCGCCCCCGGCCCGACUCUCCCGGCCCUCAGGCCGAGGCCGUGCUGGCGGGCGCGGCAGGCGCUGGAGAGGUGACCCGCGUCGUGGGAGAACUUCCUUUCUCUGCACGGGUAUUGCUCGCCUCAGCUGAUCACCUCCGCCCACCUCUGGCUGCACAAGCAGCCAAUGCUAACCUGGCACGACUGCCUGCUUGUCUCGCCGGGUGGCAGCUGGGGUGCCCCUUUUCACCGACUCCCCUUGGUCCUCUGCUAGCUCACCCAGCCCCCUCCCUGGGCUAGGCUCUUUGAGGUUUUUGGUCUCCUUUGAUCUUAAGUUCAGCUUUGGGAGAAGUGAUGCGUUUUAGCCAAAAUGGAGCCAUAGAGAUGACUUCUCCCUCCGGCUGAUAGCCCAGACACUUAUCUCAACUCCUCUGAAGGCAUAUCUCUCUCAGCCGUUUUAUCUGUAUCUUUGGCCUAACUUUAAGAGCUGCUUUGAUUUAACGGUAUGGAUUCACGCAGGCAGCAGUGCACAAUUGAACAGACGAACAGAAGGACAGUCUUUCAUAAUACUUGAAACAUUUUCUCUGUCAGAGGGUAUUAUAAAAUGGCUUUGAUUCCCUAUGACAAAAAUGCUGUUUGGGGAUUGCAGAAGUUGCAUAAAUCAUCAUCUACUUACCAUUUUGCCAACCACACAAUCAAAAUCAAACAAAACUGGAAACAACUGGGUGUAGCAGCAGUAGUAUGGGAUGCGGCUGUAGUCCUGUGUUCUUAUCUGGAGACAGGAGCUAUUGAUCUCCGAGAGCGCUCAGUGAUUGAACUAGGAGCAGGGACUGGAUUACUGGGAAUAGUGGCCACACUCUUGGGUGCUCAUGUCACCAUCACAGACAGGGCAUCAGCCCUGGAAUUUCUUGAGUCAAACAUUCAGGAUAACUUACCCUCUGAACACCAUCCAAGAGCUGUGGUAAAGGAACUGACUUGGGGAAGAAACUUGGAGAAUUUCUCUCCAGGAAAAUUUGACUUUAUCUUGGGUGCAGACAUCAUUUAUCUGGAAGAAACAUUUGUGGAUCUGCUUGAGACACUAGAGUAUCUUUGCUCAGAACACACCACGAUUCUGCUUUCAUGCCGGAUUCGUUAUGAACGGGAUCAGAAUUUCCUGAAGAUGCUGAAGGGACAUUUCUCUGUACAUGAGGUCCACUAUGACACUAGUAAAGAUGUACAUAUAUUCAAAGCACAGAGAAGUUUUCAUAAGGAAGACCUUUGACUGUCUAUGUUAUUAUUAGGAUCAAACAGUAGCUGGUGUCCAGCUACCAUUAUUUCUAUUUCUAUUUGUACCAAAAAGCAUAAUUUUAAAAGUAUCUAGCUAGCUUCAUGUACCACAAUGUACUUGCAUCUAUCUGCUGGCAUACCUUAUCAUCUCUGUAGUCUGGGUAGCAUACUUUCACACUUUUCACUGUUGUCAAAAUUCAAAAAGGUCAUUCUUAGAGCUGGUUUAAAAUUUUUAACUAGAAAUUUUUUCCAAGCAAAAAUGAGUUGUAGUUGAAAACAUUUUGAAGGAAUAGCUUUGAUUUUUUUGUUCACGUAACUUGUAGUACCUGUAAAUUAAAUAACGAUUAUUCUCA